AUGGCAAUGCGAAAACUCAAACAUAAACAAGUCCCAGUUUGGAUAAGAUUGAGACAUUUGCCGGUUGAACUAUGGACGGUUAAAGGUCUUAGCACGGUGGCGAGUGGAAUAGGCAGACCCCUAUAUCCAGAUGCGAUCACGAGAGCAUGCACGAGAUUGGACUUCGCUCAUGUAUGCGUGAUGCUAGAUGUGAGUUCCAAAUUACCAAAGCAUAUUAUUAUCAUGAUGCCUAAAGAGGAAGGAGGAGAAAUAACAUGCAAAAUUGAUGUUGAAUAUGAGUGGCUACCUCCUAAAUGUACAAGUUGUAUGACACUAGGACAUAUGGCAAAGGUUUGUGCGUUCACCAAGCCGUCCAACCCAGCUAUACCACCGGUCUCUGUUUUGUUCCUAAAACGAUACCUGCAAGGCCACCACCCAUGCAGCCGACUCAAGGGAUGGACAAACAGAGAGAGGGAUGAGCUUCCUCACGGGAAGACCAAGAGAGAAUACCGCCGACUCAAGGGGUGGACAACCAGCGAAAGGGACGAGAGCAUAAGCUGCCGACCCAAGAGGAGGACAACCAAAGAGAGGGACGAGAGCGUCCUCGUGAAAGAAGGCUGA